GUUUAACAUUUAAGUGUAAUGUACAUUGUUGUGAUCAUUUAUGAGAGAGAGAGAGAGAGAGAGAGAGAGAGAGUCCUCAAUAGCUUGUUAUAGGUACAUGUAAAGCGAGGUCGAGUGUGUGUUUGACCACUUAAAGUGAUUCAGGACGUGAGACAGUGGUAUCUUGUCGCUGCUUGUGUACAGUUCUGGUUGGACAGACAGGACGUGUAUGUUACGUAGGGCGCAAGGAGUUCUGGGAAGAGGAGGAGGAGGAGGAGAAAGGACCACCCCAGCCCUGUACGCAGCUCAGAUAGCGCUCCAGAUCCGCCCACUCCCACCAUAUCUCAGCACUUCUCUGGGGUGGGAGAAGUCGCCGAUACAUGGUAAACAACAAUCUGUAACACAAGCCCAAACCUGAGUUAUUUUUGCUAGAUGUACUGAGGACAACGCCGCGUUUUCCCCCCAAAGAAUCGAUCUUCUGGUUGUGCGCCACAGUCCUAGCUAAUCAUGUAGUGAGCCACAAGUCGCCAGUGUAAAAUACGGGCUGAAAUCAAGAGUUUUACAGUGAGAAGACCCUUAUCAAAACCUUACUCUUCACUCUCUUCACACAAACCCACUGGCGUAUCCACGCUGUGAUCAUUUUCAGUUUUAAAGGAAGGAGAGGGGUAAGAAAGUAGAACCCCCAAACUCCAGACUUCAAAUGUCCCACAGACAGCAUGUGUCCUACCUGGGAGCCAGACUGUUGACCCAAAAGCCACCCCUACUCCAUCCUCAGACCAGCAAAAGAGUCUCCUCCCUGCCAACCUCUGCUUAAGCCCCCCAUCUCUACUAUGAAGGAGGUGGGGCUUUGGUCAGCGGUGGAGGUUUCUGACUGGUUGAAUGAGGAGGGCCUGCAGGAGUACUCCGAAGCACUACAGAACGUCGACGGCCAGACUCUCUUGCACCUUUCCGUGUCAGACUUCCAGAACCCUCCGCUUUCGUUGGUGACUGGUGACAACGGUCGACACCUCCUGGAGCGCCUGGAAACAUUGCGCAUCGCUCACCACAUUGAGGCACACAAGAAUGGUAGCCACGCCAAUGGUCACCUUGCCAACGGUCAUGUUGGAAUCUCCCUUAGCAAUGGUAGCAUCAGCAAUGGCAAGCUGCUCAAUGGAGCAUCCAAGAACGGAUUCUCCUCUGAGCCUAUCCGCAUUCAGAUUCCAACACCAGCUCUGGAACUGGAACAUUCGCCUUUCCCAACUGAGUGGGCCAAAACUGGCCUCGCGUUUCUAUACGCCGUAUGCUGUUUUGUCAUGACAACAGUGGUGAUCUCAGUGGUUCAUGAACGUGUACCACCCAAAGAGGAGUCACCCCCACUGCCAGACAAGUUCUUUGACCUGUUUGAUCGUGUGCAGUGGGCCUUCUCCAUCUGUGAGAUUAAUGGCAUGUUGCUGGUAGGGCUCUGGUUGCUGCAGUGGCUUGUGCACAAACACAGAUCAAUUGUAGGGCGUCGUUUCUUCCUUAUUGUGGGCACCUUGUACCUGUACAGGUGUGUGACCAUGUACAUCACCACUCUUCCAGUGCCUGGCAUGCACUUCAAAUGCUCGCCAAAGCUGUUUGGAAACUGGGAAGCACAGAUGCGUCGUAUUAUGAAAAUGAUUGCUGGCGGAGGUCUAUCUAUCACAGGGUCACAUACUAUGUGUGGAGAUUAUCUGUACAGUGGACACACCGUGAUGUUAACACUUACUUACCUCUUCAUUAGAGAAUAUUCUCCAAGACGUUAUUGGUGGUAUCACUGGGUCUGCUGGACACUGAGUGCUGUUGGCAUCUUCUGUAUCUUACUGGCCCAUGAUCACUACACUGUAGAUGUGGUAGUCGCUUACUUCAUUACUACACGUCUAUUCUGGUGGUAUCAUACUAUGGCUAAUCAGCAGGUUCUGAAGGAGAGGUCCCAGGGGAAUCUGUUCUCUCGGGUCUGGUGGUAUCGCCCCUUCUGCUACUUUGAGAAGAAUGUGCAGGGCCUCGUCCCUAGAAGCUACCAGCUUCCACUUUCAUGGCGAGUGUUACCAUGGAGCCGAGUCAAAUACAGUAGACUGGACUCACAGUGAUCUAGGGCAUGUGAGGGAGACGGAGCUCUGUGAGACUCUAAAAGAACUACAAUUCCCAUCAGUCCCUGCAAAUACUGGCUGAGCACUGUGACAUAUAUUAUGUUUUUGUAAUUCUUUUUUUUUUUUUUUCGUUUCCCAAACGCUUCAUUUUUCUUCCUUCGCAGGUAUGUGAAUAUUGAGCAGCCCUUACUUUAACAACUGGACCUUUUUGGUUUUGCUGCUCUGUGGACUGCUAUACUAGGUCUGGCAUUUCAAAUUUUGUUGCAUUAUCAUGUCUCCAAGAGUGGAAUUUUUUUAUUUAAAACCACAUUUUUCUUGUAUCAAGCUAGUACUGUUUUGAAAAAAAAAAUCUGUAACAGAAAAUCGUGUAACUUAAAGAAGCAUUUAUUUAACCGCCAAAACGAUGUCAAAUAGCCUAAAAUACUUUUAGACUCAGAAAGAAAAUGUUUUUUAACAAAUCAUCUUUUUUGUAACAAUCUUACUAAUUGUGACAAAAGUGCAAGAGAUUUUUCUAAAUAGUUCACAACUUUAUUUUCCAAAAAUACAGAUGUCAGAAUAGAGUGUCCUUUUUUAGAUUUGUAUCUUUUUGAAUGCUGGAGAAUUUAAAAGGGGGCUUUAGUGCUUUACCAGUGCCUUUACUUGUCAGAUUGUACCAUGUGUCCCAAUAUGUCCCAGUAUCUGCUUAAAAUUCAGCUCGUUUAAAGGAGCUUCCUACUUACAUUGACACACACGCACGCACACGCACACGCACACGCACACACACACACACACACACACAAAC